UUAAUGGGCCAAUAUAAAGAUGGGCUUCAGGAACGUUCUCACGGACCACGGUAUUAUAAUAAUUAGCUUUGAAUAACAUUGACCGUUGGAUAGUCGACAAUAUCUAAAAGCAUCUGACGGUUAUAACAUGCUAUAGUAGGUCCCACCAUGUUCCAGUUGGGUUUCUUAUGAUUUAAAUGCCCUGAGCAACGGAAAUAUCAAAAAUGUCCGAGCAAGACAGAUCCUUUUUUUUUAUAAUAUAGUUUCUUCUGGGAAUCUCAGUUUUUUUUUUUUUUUGACUAGAGUCCAGAUCAUCGUAUUCACUUUGAUUAAAUCAUUAAUCAGAUUUCCUUUUCUUAUCCUUUCCCUGGAUUCAGUUUCUUCGAAUCCGAUCGAAUUUCGAAAGAAACAUUUUCCCGGAAAUUUGAUUCCAGCUUUCCCGGGAAAAUUUCUUGCUCAAUUUGCUUCCUUUCAUCGAUUUCACCUAUAUUUCAUAAAUAACAGAUAAUGGGUUUAUCAAAUGACAGAAUCAAAUUCAACGUUGGUGGUAGAAUCUUCGAAACGACGGCGACGACCCUCGCUAACGCUGGUCGCGGUUCCUUCUUCGGAGCAUUAUUCGACGAAAAUUGGAAUCUUUCGCAACCCGACGAUCUCUUCAUCGAUCGGAAUCCUGAUUGCUUCGCCGUUCUUCUCGAUCUCCUCCGAACAGGAGACCUCAACAUCCCACCUAAUAUCCCGGAGCGUCUCCUUCACAAAGAAGCAAUGUUCUACGGCUUAAUCGACCACUUACGAACCGCAAAGUGGGGACCUUUCGACGGUAACAGACUCCACCUCUCUCGUUCCGUCACCGGUAUAGCUCCCGGAGACGGAACGGCGAUAAGAGCUGGUCCGGAUGGCGGAUGCUGUGUCGCUCACGGGAGCGUUGUCCACGUGUUUGAUUGGAUGCUUGAGGAGCAUCCGACGAUUAAUCUUGAUUACCAGAGAGUGAACGAUGUGGGUUGGAUUGAUUCUGGUAACAUUGUACUCUCUGCUUGUGAGAGAUUAGGAAGAGGAGAUGGAGGAAUGGGAUUGUUUAGCUCAUCUUCUGGUGAGCUUAGGUAUAAGUUUCAGGUGAGUCAUGAUAAUCAGAUUAAGAGUUAUAGUGCUGGAGCUUUGAGUUUUAGUCCUGAUUCUAAAAUCUUUACGAGCUGCAAAGGAAGAAGCAAUGAGUAUGGAAUUGGAGUUUGGGAUCAAAUUAAUGGAAAGCAACUAGAUUUCUUUUACGAGAGUCCUGGUUGGUCUUUAGGAGAUGCUGAUAAGCUGCAAUGGUUGAGUGGUAAGAAUUGUCUUCUUGUAGCGACUUUGUUUCCAAGGAAAGAUAAUUGUUAUAUUAGCUUGUUGGAUUUCCGGGACAAGAACAUGGUCUGGUCUUGGUCUGAUAUCGGGUUUCUUACAACGGCCGAGGAGAAGAGAGUGAGAGACGCGAUAGCCAUGGAAGAGAGCAAUUCGAUAUGUGUGGUCAAUGAGUUUGAGGAUCUAGGGUUUAUUGAUCUGAGGAUGGAUGGAGGAGGGAGUAGUGUGAGAUGGAGUUCUAGGAGCAGGUUGAUGAAAAGUAAGAUGCCUGAUGAGCCUUGUUACCCUAAACUUGCUUUGCACGAAGGCCAGCUCUUCUCGUCUAUGAAUGAUUCCAUCUCUGUGUUUUGUGGAUCAGACUGGGUUUUGACUUCUAGGUUGAAGAGAAGCUAUGGUGGCUCCAUCUGUGAUUUCUCCAUUGGUGGGGAUCGGUUGUUUGCAUUGCACAGUGAGGAGAAUGUGUUUGAUGUGUGGGAGACUCUGCCUCCUCCCAUCAUCUGAUUUCACAUUUUGCAAAUCUUGCCUUAGUCUGGUCGGUUUCUGCUACUUUUUGGUUUGCUUCUUUUGUUAUGUUUUAGGGUUGUUGGGAAAACUACAGGAUGAGAGAAAUAGCAAUAGUCAAGAGAAUAUAAACAUAGAGAACAUGAUCAUAGAGUUUUGUUAGAAUUGAUAUUGAUACGAUUUUAAGUUUCCAGGUUUCAGGUUGUGUUCUGUUUUGUCCUUACAUGACUCUUUCUCAAUGUAAGAAAUUAAUCCUCUUUUGACCUUUAGCUUUUAAGCUGCUUUCAUGGUGGUGUGAACUGUGACCCGUCUCAGAUUUCUAGGGUUUUGGGAUUUCGCUCCCUUGGUUUGGACACGUGAGUGUCUUUUGUUGGACAAUACAUGACUUUGUCUUUCCACUUUCCGUAAAGAUGUCCAAAGAAUUUUGCUU